AUGGUACGAGGGAAUGAGACCCCACCUUCAGAAUUCCUUCUGCUGGGACUAUCAGAGGCACCGGAGCUGCAGCCCCUCCUGUUUGGGCUGUUCCUCUCCAUGUACCUGGUCACUGUGCUGGGAAACCUGCUCAUCAUCCUGGCCGUCAGCUCAGACGCCCGCCUCCACACGCCCAUGUACUUCUUCCUCGGCAACCUGUCCUUGGCUGACAUCUGCUUCACCUCCACCACCGUCCCGAAGAUGCUGGUGAACAUCCAGACACACAGCAAAGCCAUCACCUAUGCAGGCUGCAUCGCCCAGAUGGGUUUUUUCUUAUUCUUUGCAGGGUUGGACAAUUUCCUCCUGGCUGUGAUGGCUUAUGACCGGUUUGUGGCCAUCUGUCACCCCCUACACUACACGGUCAUCAUGAACCCUCGGCUGUGUGGGCUGCUGGUUCAGGUGUCCUGGACAGUGAGUGCCCUGAAUUCCUUGUUACAAUGCUUAAUGGUGUUGCGACUGUCCUUCUGUCCCGACACAGAAAUCCCCCACUUCUUUUGCGAUAUGAAACAGGUGGUCCAAAUUAUCUGUUCUGACACCUUUCUUACUGACAUGAUGAUAUAUUUUUCAGCUGGGGUCCUGGGUGGUGGUGCCCUGGCUGGGAUCCUUUACUCUUACUCUAAGAUAGUGUCCUCCAUACGUGCAAUCCCAUCAGCUCAAGGGAAGUAUAAAGCCUUCUCCACCUGUGCGUCUCACCUAUCGGUUGUCUCCUUAUUUUAUGGCACGAGCCUAGGCGUGUACCUUAGCUCUGCCGGUACCCACAGCUCACAGUUAAAUGCAACAGCCUCGGUGAUGUACACCGUGGUCACACCCAUGCUGAACCCCUUCAUCUACAGCCUCAGGAACAGAGACAUCAAGGGGGCUCUCAAAAGACUAGUUGAGGUCGCCGCUCUAAAGGGACCAAGUGUGAGAGGGCGAAGGAAAUGCGCAUGA